CCACCCCCAAACCAUAAUGAUUAGACCAUGUAAACCACGCUCCAGAGUCCAGACACCCACGUGAAGACCAAAUCCCACGACUUUCUCAGUUCCAUACAAACAAAAGCUGGAGAGAAAAGCAAGGAAAAACAAAACCAAAUAUUUGCUCGAAGGAAGACGAUCUUUUAACUGAUUUUUAGUUAAAAGAUUGGCCAAAUUUUGAACAAUAAACAACGUGUGGCCGAGAAAGCCGGACUACCUCGUUAAUUAUUCACAUGUCAAAGGGACUCAGUCACUUGUUUUACCACUCCGGUUCUUUUAAAUUUAAUCAUCUGUUUCUUUUAUUAUUCAUUGCAGAUUCUUCCGCUUUUUCAUGUACUGGAUAUCCAAUGAAGAUAUGACAUGUCAGCAACAUGAUAUAUUUUGAUGUGGCAGGAUCUUUGAUGUUUUUGGGAAAUGGAUAACAUGAGACAGGCGGAAGUGCUCGAAAGGAUAGAGAGAAGUGGGGAGUACCGGGGGGCCAGGGGGUGUUCUUUUUCCUCAGUUCUAUCCACUCCAGUUUGAACCCACGACACAAUUUUGCUUUCAUUUGGUUUAUAGUUUUUUAAUUGGUUCCAUGGUGAUAGAGUUUUUUGCUUUUGGGUGAUUAGAGAGAGAAGAGAUCUUCUCUUGUGGAAUUCCAAGGCAACCCUCUUCUUUGGCAGAAUCUAUCUUUUUCUACAUUUUUAUCUAUCUUACAUACUUUUUUUUUCCCUUCUUUCUAUUCUUCUUUUACUUUUUAUUAUUGGGUUCUCUUUUUUGGAACUUUUACUUACAGUUUUUGUUGUAUAAAAAAGGAAUGUUAAUUGUUAUAUUGUGGUGGUGGUAGUGUUGGCAUCUGAAUAUCAGCUGAAAGUUUGCUUCUUUUUGGGGUAGGUGAGAGGCUGGAUGUUGGUGAAAUUUGUGUGUUGUUAUCAGUGGCUUAAUUCGUUCUAGCUGCUGGGUUAUUGAUUUUUGGAGCAAAAGUUUUGAUUUUUAUGGACUGUUUAGGUCCUGGAUAUUAGCAAAAACUCGUUUUUGUUAGAGCAAAUUUUCAUGAGUUCAUGUUUGUUGUUUAUGGUUUUCAGUCAAAAGAUUUUUUUUUUUAAGGUGGGGGUGAUCUUUGGAUGUUGAUAGAGUUCUGAAUUCUUCUUAAGAGACUGAUUCUGAUGGUUGAAUUAAUCCAAAGUAGGUUGAUUCUGGGUGAUUGUGUUUCUUGGUGAGAGUUAUUCAAUUGCCGUCAAGGGACCAAAUUUUUGGUCUGUAUUGCAUUUAGUUUGAAAGGAUGCAAAGGGAUUGUUUUGAUGGUGGAAGAACCAGUUUUUUUAGUGGAAUUUUGUGGUGAAGGACUGGAAAUGAUGAUGAGAGGAGGAAAAGAUGAAGCAAGGGUGAUGAGUCCUAUGUUUCCUAGGCUUCAUGUGAAUGAUACAGUGAAAGGAGGGCCAAGGGCACCUCCAAGGAAUAAAAUGGCUCUCUAUGAGCAGUUCAGUAUCCCUUCCCAAGGGUUCAACUUUGGAUCACUAUCCAUGCUGCCUCUUCCAUUAAAUAACAACAGCAGCUUGGUUCCUUCAAUAUCAUCAAGCCAUGGUGGUGGCAAUGAAAAGAGUAUGUUUGUGCCAUUCGACAACUCCCAUGAAUCUUCAAUUUUGGCUGAGAAGUUUCAUUCUUAUUCCAUCCCUGGGACUAAACUAAAAACCAAGAAAGGAAAACAAGAAAGAAAAUCCAUGGAAGCUACAUAUUCCCUUAGUUUGGAUACCACACCAGCAAUUCCAGCAGUUUCUGAAAGUAAUUCGUUGCAAUCACUCCAUUUCUCUAACUUUAAGAAAUUUUCUUUAAGGAACCUAGGAUAUGAUGUUGACCUUAGGGUUCCUACAUCUGUUCUGUCUGGAAUUGAUCAAAAUUGCAAUUCCAGUAAGCAGAUUGAAGGCUGGGAAAAUUUUUCUAAAUUGAAUUUGAGCUCUCCAAUUCAACUUCAAACUGCUAAUAAAAAGCAGAAGAAGGAAAAUGAUGCUGUUGAUCCAAAGUCUAGAAUACAUGUUGGGAACCAAGCUAAGGAGAAUGGAAGAUUAUUUAGAAGUAGUCAGGAACUCGUGGAAAGGUCUAAUUCAAUUCUGUCAAGCAGAGAUAAAAUCUUGGCAGACACAUCAUCUGACCUGUCAAUAAAAGUCAAGAAUUCAGAAUCAUUAAAACGACCUCGUGAUGCUUCCUAUAACCAAGAAAAUAAAAGCAGCUCAGUGGAUAUAUCGAACAGUAAAGAUGGUCCAAAUGCUGUGUCGCAUAUGAUCUUCAGGGAAAAUAUUAUGGUGGAAUCUGGCAGAUGCCUGGAAAAUGCUUCCAAGGCGAGAAAUGAGUCAUGCUUGAGACAAUCACAUGGAGUUGAAAAUGGAAGUAUGAAUGUGCUUGAAAACAGAAGUAAGGCCCAUGAAGAAAAGAAGUGUGGCGAUUUGAAAGUUGGGGGUGUUAACGGACAUAACAAUGUCCCAGGUGCCUCUAUGGUGGAGUCCAUAUCUCCUUUGGAUAUAUGCCCUGAUGAUGUUGUGGGAAUAAUCGGUCAAAAGCAUUUCUGGAAACUAAGAAGUGCUAUUGUCAACCAACAAAGAGUCUUUGCUGUGCAAGUCUUCGAGUUGCAUAGACUAAUAAAGGUUCAGAGGUUGAUUGCUGGGUCACCACAUGUGUUGGUUGGAGAUGCAUUUUAUAUGGGCCAACCAUCUUUAGAUGUUUCUCCCAUCAAGAAGUUGUCAUCUGACUAUGUUCCUGAACUGCCAUUGGUUGUUAAUGUCAAAGAUAAUUCUCAAAAACCAAAUAUUAUCAUUGAAUGUGCAGAUGAGAAUGCAGUUGCAAAGCUUCCCCCUUCUGCAGAUGAUGAUACCAGUAAAGGACUUGUUACACAGCGACCCAAAUAUGGGCCUGAUUCAGGAAAUAACUUGUCAACACCGAUGGCUGCCAAUACUGGGCCCUCUUCCUGGGGUUUCUCUCCUCCUGGAAGUCAGUGGUUAGUUCCCGUUAUGUCUCCUUCUGAAGGACUUGUUUACAAGCCGUGCACAGGGCCUUGUCCUCCAACUGCAGGUUUCUUGGCACCAGUUUAUGGGAGCUGUGAUCCUGUGAACCUAGCUGUAGGAGGUGGGGACUUUCUGAACACAGCUUAUGGUGUUCCAGCUUCUCACCAACAGGGAAUUGGAAUUCUUCCUGGCAACCCUAGUAUAGGUCAGACCUACUUUCCACAUUAUGCCAUGCCAGUUAGGAAUCCAUCAGUUUCCAGCUCAGCAGUUGAGCAGAUGAGCCCGUUUACUGGAGUUCAGUCAAAGGGGAAUCAGUUAUCAACAGGUGAUGUAAUCUUCACCAUAACUCAACCGAGUUCAUGCAACAUGUCAAGUCAGAUGAGUCAAGCAAUAUCAUAUUGUGUUGGAAAACUGCCUGCGUCAAAAGAGAGCAAAAUACAGGGAAGUACGGCAAGUAGUCCCUCUGAGAGGGCUAGAGGUGAUGCACUUCCUCUUUUCCCUACUGAACCUACAACUCAAGCAUCUAAUUACAAUGCUCAGACUAGUGGGCAGAGAACACGGGUGAUUAAGGUUGUUCCACAUAACCGCAGAUUAGCGACUGAAUCAGCAGCUCGGAUCUUCCAGUCUAUACAAGAAGAAAGGAAACAGUACGAUUAGUUUUUGUAUCCAAUGAGGCUUAUUUCGCGGAAAAUGACUUGCGUGUCUGUAUCUGUAAUUCUUUUAUGUUAAUAACAUGUACAUAGGCAAUAUAAGGUUGAAAAGCAAUCAACUGCUGCUCAGUUGUAACCAUGCUUUGCUUCUAUGUUUUAUGAUCAAGAGGGCUUUUCUGUAGGAGCCAUUUUGCAGCAAAUUUUAGCCGCGUUAGAAAAUCACAUAUCAAGCAUUUAUUGCACCAUAAGCCUUUAAUUACCAAGCAUUAUAAGUCUGCUUUAAAUACAAUUCUGGAUGAAGGAGAAUUAGAAGAAAGUCCCACGUCACAUGCGCU